CAUUACAGGCGCUUUAGUCGUGAUAUUAAGUGCAAUUCUUUUAAUUCUUUUAAAUAGUUGGAAGCUUUAUUUUCUUAAAAAAACAAGUCUAAUAGCAUGAACACAAAGCAUUCAGCCUUGAAUCAUUGGCUUAUUCAGCGAGCAACCGCAAUAUUGUUAUUACCUACUAUUUUUAUGUCAACUUCCUACCGGAUGGCUUUGAUUUCUUUAACUAUUUUAGUAGUUUGGCAUCUUCAUUUAGGUUUAGAAGAAAUUUUAGCAGAUUAUGUUCACCAUGAGGUUACACGAAAUCUAAUAUUAAUACUUCUAAGGAUUUUUCUUUUAAAUCAGUAUUAAAUACGUCUUUGUUUUCGUGUUAACACAUGUACUUUAAAGGAACACGGCGGUUUAUCCGCCGUUUUUAAUUCUU